CAACAUUUGAUAGAUGUCAAUUUGUGUUUUUCCAUGGCGCAUUUAAUGGGAAGGAAAUGUUCAUUCGAAUUAGUCUGCCAGAAUGAAGCGACAUCGAAGACAGUUGAGCAAGAGGAGCACGCAGUCAUAUCCCGGUUCACCUGAUAGAGACGGGUUUGCCUCCGUUGCAUGACUCCUGGCAAGAUCAGGAGAAGCGCUGGGAGUUUUCAACGCCUUGCAAUGGAGACAAUCAGCACAGUCAUCGAGUCUCUUCUGAAAUACGGUGCACUAAGAGAGGGUCUCUUUCUCAAGGUCAAGGGUGGAGAAACUGUCACGGAGCUUCGAAGGAGACUGGUCUUAGAAGAGCAGGCAGCUUACGAUUCACCACUCCUUAAAGAUGAUCCAUACCUCACGGCCAGUUUGCUGAUGCAACUCUUUCUGGCAUUGGAGGAACCUUUGCUUCAUGCAAUUCACCAGCCUCUCACAAGCGCAACAUUAAUUCCAGAGAGGCGGACUCGGCUUUGGGCAACAAGGAUGCUCCUGCACGAGCUCCCUGACGGUCACUAUCAGCUGCUCAAAAAGCUGGUCACUCUGCUGAGAUCUGUUCAGUUGACCCAUCCAAAAGGCCUGCUGGCAGCACUCUUCGGGCCUGUGCUGCUGCAAUUUGAGACCGCAACGAAUACAGGACUGGGAAACCCCGACAUCGAGAAGCUCAAGUCUGCCAGCGUGAUGUCGCUCCUCCUCGAGGAGGCCCCCGAGCUAUUCAAGAAACGGCGCUUUUCUUUCAAGUCCACUGCCAUUGUGGCCUCCAGCGUGACCAAGAUGCGCAACCUGGCCGGCUGGCGUGCCGGGGGGGCUCCUGGCAGCCAGCACGUGCCCCCCCCCAGCCCGGGGGCCUACGAAGCAGCGCGCAUCAUCCGAGAAAGUCGGGAGUCUGUUGACCCGAUGCGGGGCGGCAGAGUGUCUGCCAGCCGGGACACCGACGUGGCAGAGAAGUUCGGGGCACAGGUGAAGAGUAGCCAAACGACAGUGACGGCAAAUCCGAAGCGCCUUGGUAAAGUGCACCCCGACUCGGACAUGGCAGCAAGCUUGGCGCCGAUUUCUGUUCCUGGUCGAAGUCUGACACCCCCGUCAGGCGGCUCGAGGCCUACGGCAAAGUCGGAUGGUGCAGUUGACCUCAGGGAACUGGCAAAGCAGUCGUUGCAGUUGGGUUUCAGUCCGGCACAGGGGCGUCGCGACUUGGACAGAAGGAAGACAGUGUACCAGAUGGGGGGCUCCAAAGAGGACCAUCCGAAACCAAGGAGCGGGUCGCCCUCACUCCAGAGACGGUUCGCCCCCUCUACGUCGAGCAAGUCUCUCACGAGCAAUAAAGUCCUAGCAGCGCUGGCGUUGACUGCCAUUCCCAAGAUUCCGAACCCUGGAGAGAAGUGGGAGAGGGAAAACGGGUUACAGGGUGUGCCGCGGGCUGCAGUGUCGAGCAACGGAAGCAGGGAGUUUGAGAAAGAAGCUUACAGGUUGAGUGGAGAUGAGUCGUUUGAGGGCGUGCUGGCGAGAGACGUGAUGAGUGGGCGGGUGUCAAGAACGUCGGGCAGGAUGCAGGUCGAAGCCCCUAGUAGUAGAAAGACCGCCGGCUCGCCUAGCAGUGACGAGGGCCAGCACAGUCCACAAAGUCAAAUUUUAGGGUCAGAGUCGAGCCAGACUCCGCUCAAGGAACAGCCAAGCGACAGCAGUCAAAUUAGGGUCGAAACAGAAGCACAAGCUGACGUAGGUAAACAUGUCGUGAAACCAAUCAUCAGUCCAAUCCGGGACGCUCUCAGCACGCAGGGAGAGGCCGAGCCCAGCCCCCAGUCAGGUAGUAGCUCAGCAACCAGAGAAGCGGUCUCUCUGUCCAUAGAGGAGUACCUCAAUCUCCAGAUUGCAACCGAGCUCGAAAACCUAGACACGCUCUUGGCCGAGGAAGCGGCGGAAAAGGGCGGUCUGCCAAGCACUGGCCAGUCGGACGGUAUGCCUUUGCCGGCAAGUCGCACGGAAAGGGGGGCCCCCUGGAAAUCGUCCUACGUCCAGAAGUACGCUAAAAUCAGGACGCUCAAGCGGAAGAGCAAAGGCGAUUGGGUAGAGAAGGACUUCGAGCUGGCAGAGUCCGACGCUCCAGGAGAGUCCAGCCAGUCAAUCACCGCUGUAGCAUCUCUUUCCGGCCAAAGCCAGGACAGGUUGGGACAGGCGGGGCCGGGAAGGAAGUUAACGGAGACGGGGCCGAGCAGAGCCGAUCUUGGAUCAAGCAUGAAAGUCAGCACCUCCAAACAAGCGCCUGCGUUCCAUCAAUCGGCCCGGGAGCCUCCUAGGGCCAGCAGCGGAGAGCUUUCAGGGCAGGAGACUACGUCAAGUUUGGGCAGCGGAUUGCGAAGUUACCGGUCGUUCUCCCCGGACAGAGCGCUGGGCUUAGGGGGAACCCCUCGAUCGGGCGGCUACUCGAGCCGCCCCCACAAGCCGGCCGCGCACUCGAGCCACAGCUUUCACACUUCCGAGCGCGGAAGUCCGAGGCGAAACCCUCACGGGGGGGUCUCAACGGGGGCUAGAGCUGCCCCCCAGGGAGGGCAGGGCAGAUCAGGAAUCUACUUUGCGGAAUCGGAUUCGGACAGUUCGCAGGACCGGGGGAAGGACCCGGGCUCCCGCUUUGCCAGCAGCCUGCGGUCCCCGGAGAGAGGCGUGCAGAGGAAAGAGGCGCGGCCGCAGUUUUCGCUGUACUCGAAGCCUUCCUCGAGGCGGAGAGAAGAUAGCGACGAUGAGCCCUCCCCCCGGGGAGGCCGCUCCCCGUCUCCUGAUCGCUCCGGUACCAACCGGGGGGGCCGCUCCGCUUCCCCCGACCACUCUACCACCUACCGGUGGGGUCGGUCGAAGUCCCCCGAUCGGCCUAAGACCCCCCGGUCAAACCGUGCACGGUCGCCCCCCAAGAAGGGGGCUCAGGACGUCAGAUCCAAAACUGCCACGUCAGCCAAAAGUCCUCCUUCCUCACCGAAAGCGCCCCUGCCCCCCCCGCCGUCAGCGCCGCCGCCGCCGCCGCCUCCACCCCCCCCUCCUCCCCCACCGUCAGCUGCCCCGAAACCCCCCCCGCCGCCCCCCCCGCCAAAAGGGAAGGGCCCGCCCGCACCGCCGUCCCCAUCAGGCCUAACAGGCGGGCUGAAGGCGCCCCCACCACCCCCCCCGAAACGCAUCCGCAUGAAGGCGCUUCACUGGGACAAGCUCUCGAGUCGCGACACGGGGAAUACCGUCUGGGACCAGGCGAACGCGGGUGACGUCAGCCUCGACUUCCAGCAGCUCGAGUCGCUCUUCGCGCUCAAGGAGGCGCCGCCCGCGAAGGCGCGCGGCUCUGUGAGCGCGCGCACGCGCGCCGUGCAGCUGAUCGACCUGAAGCGCGCGCACAACAUCAGCAUUCAAUUGAAGGGCGUGCGGCGGCCCGUUUCGGAGACCCGGAAGGCGCUCCUGUCGAUGGACGAGAGCAUUCUCACGGCGGAGAUCCUGGGCGUCCUGGACCGGGCCGUGCCAACGGACGCGGAGGUGGCCCUACUGAAGGCGUACACGGGCGACGUGGAGCAACUAGGCACGGCGGAGCGCUUCUUCCUGGAGGUCAUGGACGUGCCGCGCCUGGGGGAGCGCAUCAAAGUGCUGCUCGUCAAGGAGCAGUACGCUAGCUCGGCGGAGCGCAUACGGCGGGAGCUGGACUUGCUGUCGAAAGCGCACCACGACCUGCGCGGCAGCAAGGGCUUCGUGCGCAUUCUGGAGGCGGUCCUGGCGGUCGGGAACCACCUGAACGGCGGUACCUACCGGGGUCAGGCCACCGGGUUCAAGCUGGAUGCGCUUCUGAAGCUGAUGGACGUCAAGGGCUCGGACAAGAAAACGAGCCUACUGCACUUUGUGGUGGGUGAGCUCCUGAAGCAGGACCCCGGGAUCGGGCGACUCUCGGCGGAGCUGGCCAGCGUGAAGGUCGCCGCGAACCUGAGCCUGGACUCCAUCGCCUCCGCGAUCACCGAACUAGAGAAGGGACUCGUGACCGUCCAGGAAGAGGGGCUCAAGGCGUCGGUGCUGUCGGAGGAGGGUCCCCGGGAGGAUGACCGCUUCGCUGACGUCAUGGCGCAGUUCUCGGACAAGGCGGAGGAAGAGGUGUCGUCCCUGCGUGCGCUCGCAGCCAAAGCAGAGGCUGACAUGCGCGACCUAUCGGUGUACUUCGGGGAGUUGGUGGACGCUGGACGGGAGCCCAAGAUCUGUCGGACGACGCGAGAGUUCCUCUUCAUGUUUGAGCGCGCUUGCGGGGAGAUUGAGGAGGCGACGAGGAAGGCCGCAGAGGACGCACGGAGAAAGGCCCUCGUUACAACCCGACGCGUCUCCGACGGCGCCAAACCCUCCGCCGAAACCACUCGCGGCCGCGCCCAGAGCACCCCCACUCCGGCGCGCUCCAUUCUGCACAGCAAUAGCCUGCCCAACCCUGAUCGAACGCCCCCCCGGUCGCCACGUGUCCACUCGCGGUUCGCCAAGGAGACCGAGCCGGCGGCGGCGGCGUCACCCGUGACGUCAGCGACGACGUUCUCGGCGCCCCGGCGGCGCUCGUCGGCGUCGCGGGAGGUGCGGAUCAGUCAGGAGGAGCUGGAGCACGUUCUGCACGCGAGCGCGCAGGGGUUUAGGGGUUUAGGCGCGGGGGGUUUGGGUGAGCGUCCGGACUCUGAGGCGCAGGGCUUCGAAGAGCUGACGGGUGGGAGCGCGCAGGACGUCAGAAACGCGCGCGGGGAUGUGCUGCAGGAGCGAGCGAAGUUGGAUGCGUGGGGAUUAGAAAACGCGGGUGCGGAGGGGCUUGACGAAGAGAUGGGAGCGAAUCUGGUGGACUUGUGGGGACAGCUGGCUGAAAGUACGCAGGAAUCUCGGGGCGCCACUGCCACUGGCGCGGAGGGUUUUGAAAAGCGACCGGACUCAAAGAUUCGCGGGGUCGAUGAACGGGCGAAUGCCGGCGCGGUAGACUAUUGGGGACCGCUGCCCGUGAGCGGGCAGGGUUUCGGGGCGCGCCAGGAGCCGACGGGGCGAGAGUUGGGGGAGGACUGGGAAGCUGGGGCAGGCAUGCAGGAGUUUAGAGAGAGGCUCGAGGCGGAAGGCGAGCAAGAACAAGCGGAGCUGGGGACGCAGGAAAGGAUGGAUACAAUAGCGGAGGAAAUGCACACAGGGCAAAGGGCGGGGGAUCAUCCGAACGGAAAAGUGUUUCGAGAUGGCGAGCGAAUUAACGGGGACGCUGAGGGUCUGGGAUUUGGGGACUGGCAGCUCGAUACACGAGCUCGGGUAUCGGAUGCGGUUGCGAAAGAUCAGGAAAAUGAAACAAGAAUGGGAAGCGGACGGCAAACGAAAGAUGGGGAAGUCGCCAACGGGCAUAUGGAGGAUGACUUGUGGGCCUCUGGCUCGAGGGCGGGCGAAGGCUUAGGUGACGGUCGAACGCAGUCGGUCGUUCCAGGAGCGCGAAGCUUGGAAGAAAAGGGUUUGGCGGACGCUUCAGUACUCGAGGAAUGGACUGCUGCGGUUCUGGAUGACGACCAAGUUUUCCCGCAGCAGGAAGAAAGGUUGUCUCUUCCAAAUGACGGAGCGAAAGACGACGGUCAAGAGGGGACUGCUGGUGGUUGGGAAAGGGCGAGUUUCUUAGACGUUGAAGCUUCUCGAUGCGACAAGGAAGCCGAAGAAGAUGCGGAAGGCCUUCAAAGCAUGCUCAUGAGCAAGUUGAGGAAGAUGAGCAUGGUCAAGGAGAACGACCGCGCAGGAGGAUACGAGUCAGACUGGUCGACGGGGGCUAGCCCCCCGCAGCACUUUGUUCGGGUGCUUUGAUGGUCUGGACAGGACCAAUGAAAUUAAGGAUGCACGCACAGAACAGAAAGCCGA